GAACCUCGAGGGCCUGAACGAUGCAACUGAAACGAGGCCUAAAAGUGGUAGUAAGCCACAUCCUAAGGUCAGUCGGCAUCCACAUUCGCCAGAAACAUGCGUCGAAGAACACGACAUCAACGUCCACAAACCACGAAACCAUCGCUAACUUCGACGAUCUGCAGCUGAUCUACAAGAGCAAGUCGCUACUGGACCUCAUCCGAGCUUACGGCGUCCUCAAGCUGUGCAGCUUCAGCUUUCUCGUACGGCAUCAGGAACAACUGCUUAAACUCAGUCGACGUAUUUUGGGAGACUACAUCUUCGCGAAACUCCUCAGAUCGACCAUCUUUAAACACUUUGCCGGAGGGGAGACUCUGCAAGAAGUAAGUUACUUGGCCAAGAAGCUCGCUUCGAAUGGUGUGGGCACCAUCCUGGACUACAGCGUCGAAGAAGACCUGCAAAAAGACUCUGCUGAGCUUCUGGACGACAACAGCCAUUUCAACGCCUUGAGUCCUCCGUACCGACCAGACCGAAUGUACGUGGACAGACGAUGUCCCCGCGUUCUAGCACGCUGCUUCUUUUACCAGAACGAGGCCCGAUGCGAGGAAAAUAUGCAAGCUGUGCUCAAUAGCAUAGAUAGGAUAAAGGCUCUGGCGGAAUGUGGUAGUGGGAAUGCCUACGCAGCGCUCAAGCUCACGGCGUUGGGGAAGCCGCAUGUCCUGCUGCAAUUGUCGCAGGUCGUGCAGAGCAGCCGAACAUUCUUCAAGAAAACAACCGGCAUUGAGCCAGUGGCCCUAUCUGACAUCACGCCGGAAAACCUAGGCGAGAAGCUACACAUCACACGAAACCGCAAAGAAUUCGACGAGUGGCUCUCGCAGAUGGACUUUGACAACAAGGGCAUCAUGAACCUCUUCUCCUGGAGCGGUCUCAUCGGGGGCUCGGUCGAAAUAACGCGGCUCUUCCAAGUGCCCGACGUAAAGACGGGGAAGAUGGAACCCCUGGCAACCGUCCUCAGAGAGGACGACGAGGUUGCUUUUCGGAACAUGAUGCGGCGCCUCCAUACCAUCGCCAAAGUUGCUAAAGAGAAGAGAGUGUCCGUUAUGGUGGACGCAGAGCAGAGCUACUUUCAGCUGGCAAUCUCUCGGCUUACUCUCGAACUCAUGCGUGUGUACAACAAAGAACACCCCGUUAUAUUUAACACGUACCAGUGCUAUCUCAAAAACGCUCGCCGCGACGUCAGAGUCUCCCUGGAACUUGCCAGAAGACAAGGCUUUCACCUUGCGGUCAAGUUGGUCCGAGGAGCGUACAUGGACCACGAACGGCUUCGAGCGAAGGAACAGGGUUACGAAGACCCGAUUAACCCUAGUUAUGACGCAACGACGGCUAUGUACCACGGCGCAUUGACCGACCUUCUCCAAGACUCUGGGAGAGUUAGCGUUCUCGUUGCUACGCAUAGCGAAGAGUCUAUCAAGUACGCGCUGCGUUUGAUGGAGGAGCUCAGGAUAGAGAAGAGGGAUGGGAAAGUUAACUUUGGGCAACUAUUGGGCAUGGCGGAUUAUUUGUCGUUUCCGUUAGGAGCAGUUGGGUACUCGGUGUACAAGUACGUGCCCUAUGGACCCGUUUUAGAAGUCCUACCUUAUUUGUCCAGAAGGCUGGUGGAGAAUAAUAGCGUGAUCGAUAAGUUGUCCAAGGAGGUAAGGAUGGUGAGGCGGGAGAUUUUUCGUAGGUUGUCCGUGAAAAAAUGACUGAACCGAUCGUUUCAUGAACGCUCUUCCUCCAUAUAUGCAAGCGUACAGAGGUUCUGCUCUUUGAAAACGUAUUAUUGAUUCUGCUCUAUUACAAUAUGUCUUGUGUCACAUGAUGUGUAGGCCGGUACAGGGGACCCGCUAGUAAAUACAACUGUGUCAACCACAAGAACCACGUACGCGUCCUUUGCAGAGUAAUUGGCGGGGAAGCUAUAGGAC